AUAUAUGGCGGACAAUGGCAGGGAACAAUGAGGUUGACAGGCAUCGUUACAGCAUAAAAAAGCCCUGAGAGUUCUCAAGCUUUACUGUAUGUCCCGGCAUGAGAGGAGUGUGUGAAAGUGUGUGUGCCAGUGUGUGGAUGCUGGACUUGGACUGUUUUCUCACUUGACUCUUGAUAAGCUACUAAGAUGAACCUGGCUCCAUCAUGUCACCUCUCACUGCUCCUUCUACUUGUUGUAACAGGUGUGUAUGGGAAUAGAAUCAUCGGGGGUGUAGAGGUAUACCCCUACUCCAUCAAGUAUCAAGCCUCCCUCCUGUUCAUGAACUACCACUUCUGUGGAGGCACCCUCAUCCACCCGCAGUGGGUGGUGUCUGCUGCCCACUGCUGGAGACCGGGUCACAUGAUUCAAGUGGUCCUGGGUGAGCACAGCAUCAUCGAGGUGGAGGGCUUUGAGCAGAGGUUCAAUGUCUCCUUAGUCGUCAGGCACUACCAAUACCAACACUGGACGUUUGACAACGAUAUCAUGCUGCUUAAGUUGGACCGUCCAGCUAUCAUCAACACCAGGGUCGAGCCGGCCUCCUUGCCAGACCCGGACUCACGCCCGUUGGCCGAACUCGCCCGGUGUACAGUCAGCGGCUGGGGUGUGACCUGGCUCAACAGCUACAGCCUGUCACCUGUACUGAGGUCUGUGGAUGUGGACAUCUUUUCCAACUGCUGGUACUACUACUACUUCAGGAUCACAGAGAACAUGAUCUGUGCCGGCUCUCUCUUUGGUGGGAAAGACUCCUGUCAGGGUGACUCAGGAGGACCUCUUGUUUGUAACGGGAAAUUUGAGGGCAUUGUAUCUUGGGGUAUCGGCUGUGCCUAUGCUUACUACCCUGGCGUCUACACCAAGGUCAGAAACUACCUCGGAUGGAUCAACUGGGUCACCCAGAACAACUAAUGAGACUCUUGAUAACAAGCUCACCUAAGACGACUGUGAUGAAGAUUUAAAUGGAUCCUAAUGGAACCAAAGGCCUUAAAGGGACAGUUCACCCCAAAAUCAAAAAUAUCCAUCCAAUAAUCCACAGACUUGUUAUGAGCAUUUUCAUGUAGGAACUACUGGUAGAAAGAAAAUAAAAUGAUAAAAUGAAACUGCUCACAACAAGUCUGUGGAUUAUCUCAAGUAACCGGGUCAUGAUUUCUGGAAACGCAGACAUCUGUACAACAGAUAUCUCCAAAGCUCGGCAACUCACACCAAAACAAUCUAGAUGGAUAAAUAGCACUACAGGUAAGAGGAAAAAUAUGUAUAUUUGAUUUUGGGGUGAACUGUCCCUUUAAUGUGUAUUUUUUGUUGUCUUUUAUACAGUACCUUUAUAUAAACAUUAAAUAUAUUUACUAAAAAGAAAUGAUCUGUAACACAGUUUAUACAUCCCAGAGAGAGAAGACUCAGGUUAUUAUAAAAACAUAAACCUAGUCUGACACUUUGUAUUUUAUGCUGUAGUUAUUACCUCCGCCAAGGAGGUUAUGUUUUCCGUGCUGUUUGUUUGUCUGUCAGCAGGAUUACGCAAAAACUACGGGCCCGAUUUUAAUGAAACUUGGUGGAAGGGUGUAGCAUGGGCCAAGGAAGAACCCAUUAGAUUUUCAUACCUGUCAACCCUCCCAUUUCCCCCCGGAUUCUUGUAUUUUACAUUUCUUUCUCGCUGUCCUCCGGUUUAAAUAUUUUCCCGUAAAUCUCCCGUAUUUUUAACCUUUCUGAAAAAUUAUUUUUAAAGAAACACCUACGAUAGGCAUUACCGCCGGGCCUAUUUGGUGUAAUUUGCUACAAUCCCCUCUGGUAAAGCAGGUGGCAGUAUCCUAAAUGUAGAACAUUACCUGUAACAUCUAGUGAGGAGUCAUUCAAUCAAACGGCACCCGCCAAUAAAACAAGUAGAGAAGACGACGAAGAAGAAGAAGGGCAGCGCGAAGAUCCAAGGAUGGAUGAGCGUGAGCGGGAUGGAGUAGGCUACCUGCCAAAAAAGCUAAAAGUUUGUGCAAGUAUCUCGCCCAAUGGGAGGAGGCUUACCUGUGAAGAGCAACGUCUGUCAAAGUCAUACCAGUAGCCUCUCUCAAAUUCACAAAUGAAGCAUAAUGUGUAAGUGAUGUGUACAUAUCCUCAUUCAAGUAAUACAUAAAUAAACUUCUAAGUGCUGAAUUUA